AUGGCCAACCUUACAUGCUCUGCGGCAGACCUGAUCCCGCUCCUGCAUGGCCUCCCCAACGCCACCGCCGCCGCGGAUUUUAUUUGUGGCCACAUGGAGGACCAGCGCUCAGCCACCAGCUUCGCCGUGAACAGCACCUACCUCCUGUUCUCCGCGUACUUAGUGUUCGUCAUGCAGCUUGGCUUCUCCAUGCUCUGCGCCGGCUCCGUCCAAGCCAAGAACUCCAUGAACAUCAUGCUUACCAACGUUCUGGAUGCUGCCACCGGCGGAAUCUUUUACUACCUGUUUGGCUAUGCAUUUGCCUAUGGAUAUCCGGGCAACGGCUUCAUCGGCAAGCAUUACUUCGGCCUGAAGUCCUUCCCUAACAUGACUUACGACUACAGCAACUUCCUCUACCAAUGGGCCUUCGCCAUUGCUGCCGCCGGUAUUACCACCGGCUCCGUUGCUGAGCGCACCCAGUUCGUCUCUUACCUCAUCUACUCCGCUUUCUUGACGGGCUUCGUCUACCCCGUCGCCUCUCACUGGUUCUGGUCCAACGAUGGCUGGGCAAGCCCCUUUAAGACCACCGGCCACCUCUUCAGCACCGGCGCCAUCGACUUCGCCGGCUCCGGCGUCGUGCACGUGGUUGGCGGUGUCGCUGGCCUCUGGGGAGCGAUCAUCGAGGGACCCCGCCUUGGCCGCUUCGACGGAGGGGAACGCAACCCACUCCGUCCCCACAACGCCUCCCUCGUCGUCCUCGGCACCUUCAUCCUCUGGUUCGGCUGGUACGGCUUCAACCCCGGCUCAUUCAACAUCAUCCUCCUCCCCUACUCGGAGGGCGGCUUCCACGGCCAGUGGAGCGCCGUUGGCCGGACCGCUCUCACCACCACCCUCGCCGGCUGCGCCGCGGCGCUCACCACCCUCUUCGGCAAGCGCUGGCUCGACGGCUACUGGAGCGUCUUCGACGUCUGCAACGGAUUGCUGGGCGGGUUCGCCGCCAUCACGUCCGGCUGCUCCGUCGUGGAGCCAUGGGCGGCCAUCAUCUGCGGCUUCGUCUCCGCGUGGUUGCUGAUCGGGUUGAACAAGCUGGCCGCACGGCUGAAGUACGACGACCCGCUGGAGGCGGCGCAGCUGCAUGGCGGGUGUGGGGCGUGGGGGCUGAUAUUCACUGGCCUCUUCGCCGUCAACAAGUACGUCAGUGAGGUGUACCCCAACAAGGCCGACCGGCCAUACGGGUUGUUCAUGGGAGGGGACGGCAAGCUUCUCGCUGCAAACUUGAUCGAGAUAUUGGUGCUCUUUGGGUGGGUUACUGCCACCAUGGCCCCUCUCUUCCUGUUACUGAAUCAACAGCACCUGCUCAGGGUCUCGGAUGAAGAUGAGGAGAGAGGCAUGGACAGGGCCUACCACGAGGAACCUGAACCUGUGAACCAAUUGCCAGCUCCUGCAGAACCUGUGAACGAAUCGCUUUGUGGAAGGUUGAGGGUCUGUGGUUUCUAACUCGUUCCUGUCUUGGGUCUUCAAGUUUGAUUUUUGAUCUUGAUCCGAAGUGGCUUUUCUGUCCUGUUACGUUUUCAAAAUUAUUUUUGAUGCUUGUCU